AUGCCUAUGAGAACACUACUCCUGCUCCACCACUUCGUCACUUUCUUGUGGGGCUACCUGUCGCUUGAAGUUGACAAAGGCGACAAGACCAACGCCAGCCUGCUUCGAGCAUUUCUGGCCGCCGUCACCAAUGAAAUGAUUGCUUUGGCGAGAGCUGGAGCCCUAAGGGCGACUGAUCUCUGCGUUGAAAACGCGGACCAUGCCAGCGGAUAG